AUGGCGAGGCGAUUUCGAAAACGAGGCUUGUCAGUAGGUAAAGACGUCAAGAAGAUGCGAAGACCUGGCCAGGAUCUGGCUUCUAAUCAGAUCUCUCUGCCCGAACCUCUCGUGCUUCCCACAUUGGAGGCCAAGAUGAUGUUCAGACAUUUUGUUAAAUCCCUGCAAGGAAAGAACGUAUCCGAGGUGCUCUAUGCGCUAUAUUCUUUCUUUGAGAUGCCGGAGGACCGAGUUCCAUUUGAGGCGCAGCAUAUGAUUCUUCAGUCAAUCCAGCGGCAUCUCGAAUAUCAUGCAUUUUGGUAUCUCAAGCGGUAUUUCCUCCCGGAAUCUGUUCGAAGUGGAUGGACCUGCCCUGAGGCGUUGGAGUUGCACAAGCUGUUUCCAUUUUUAAACCGACACCGACACAGACCGCAAAGGGAAUCUUCCAGUCUAGCUGUCAGCAAUAUUCAAGGCUGGAAACGUUCGAUUUCGGCUAUUCGACACGCAGCCGUCCAUCGUCUCGCACAAGACCGACAAUCACUUUUGCAGAUGACCCACGCAGCCAUUGGGUUUGUCCGAUGUUUGAGUGGCCCCUCUCAUACCAAAAGUCUCCGGCUUCUCAGGAAAUACCUGCGGGUCGCCCUUCCAAAGCCAUCUCGACGGUCUAUCAUUCCACGGCGACAGGGAGUAUCCCGUUCUUGCCUAGCAGAGAACGGGCUCAGUGAUUCGUCGCAACCCUCCAUCACAUUGCCAGGAUCUGUCCAGACAAUUCUUCAACUUGUGGAGAAUAACCUCUCCCACGAGGUGCGACAAUUCUUAGAGAAAGUGUUUGGGUGA